AUGGCCCCAGUGCUCGACCACACGUCGUACCCGCUGCUCAUCGACGAGAUCGUUGCCGCCGCGCCGGUGUCCUCGCUGCUCGAGCUGCGGCGGACCUCAAAAGCCUUCCGAGACCGCGUCGACGCGCUGCUCGUCUCGCACGCCGUGCUGGCGCUCAAGGACGGCGCGCCGGCACUGUACAUCCCCAAGGGGCACGAUGGCGCGGGGAAGCGGCUGCCCUACGUCCCCGGCCAUGUGUCGACGCUCGACGUUGACGUGAGCACUACGCGGCGGGACGACCUCGACCGGGCCCAGCUGGACGCGUACACUUCCCUGCGCGUCCUCCGCCGCUUUGGCCUCCCGCCGGGGAACGACGCGCCGCGUUUCGUCACGCACGACACCUUGGCCCAUGUGGUCGACUAUCUUCUGCUAGGGAGCCAGCGCGGGAGCCGCAGCGUGCGGUUCAACACGGCGGGCGAGACGCACGUCGUCCACCUGCGCUGGAACGAGCUCGCGCCGUCCCGCACCCACUUCGCGGUCACCGUCAGCCCAGCAACCAAGGAGCUCGUGUUCGUCCUCCACCCCUUCUCGCGGCCCGACCGGUGGACCAACAUCAUGGAGGCUACGCCCGAAAGGCCGCUGUUCACUGGCCUCAUCAACACCUUGUCGAGCCUCAUCUUCGCGCGCCGGUGGGGGCAGGUACAGUGUACCAUCGUCGGCCUGGAGAAUGUCCAUCCGAACACAAUCCCGCCUGGCGAGCACGUCAUGGAGCCGUUCAACCGCCCCGGCCUUGCAGCUGGCGCGGCUGCCUUCCGCGCUGCCUUCGCGCGAACCCUCAACGCAUCGCAGGCUGUGCGCGGUGUGCAGGAGACGGUCGACAGUCUUCUUUGA